AUGCCUCUAGAGUUCUAUAGUGGGUGCUUAGAGCACCCGAUGUCCCUAGUGUCCUAUAGUGGGGGCUUAGAGCACUCGAUGUCCCUAGUGUCCUAUAGUGGGGGCUUAGAGCACUCGAUGUCCCUAGUGUCCUAUAGUGAGGGCUUAGAGCACUCGAUGUCCCUAGUGUCCUAUAGUGAGGGCUUAGAGCACUCGAUGUCCCUAGUGUCCUAUAGUGGGGGCUUAGAGUACCCGAUGCUCCUAGUGUCCUAUAGUGGGGACCUUAGAGUACCCGAUGCUCCUAGUGUCCUAUAUGAGGGCUUAGAGCACUCGAUGUCCCUAGUGUCCUAUAGUGAGGGCUUAGAGCACCCGAUGCUCCUAGUGUCCUAUAGUGGGGGCUUAGAGCACUCGAUGUCCCUAGUGUCCUAUAGUGAGGGCUUAGAGCACUCGAUGUCCCUAGUGUCCUAUAGUGAGGGCUUAGAGCACUCGAUGUCCCUAGUGUCCUAUAGUGAGGGCUUAGAGCACCCGAUGCUCCUAGUGUCCUAUAGUGGGGGCUUAGAGCACUCGAUGUCCCUAGUGUCCUAUAGUGAGGGCUUAGAGCACCCGAUGUCCCUGUUGUCCAAUAGUGAGGGCUUAGAGCACCCGAUGCCCCUAGUGUCCUAUAGUGGGGGCUUAGAGCACCCGAUGCCCCUAGUGUCCUAUAGUGGGGGCUUAGAGCACCCGAUGCCCCUAGUGUCCUAUAGUGGAGGCUUAGAGCACUCGAUGUCCCUAGUGUUUUAUAGUGGGGGCUGA